AUGACCUCAACAGCAUCCAGAUGCUGCAGCAGACUGAGAGACUGCCCCAAACCCAAAGGCCUUCUAGCCUCUGUCAUCACUAAAGCUUUGAUGGGGUUGCUGCUGUUUGGAGUGGUGUGGUCAAUAACGGGACAGGAAUGUCUGCCCGGUGGAAAUCUCUUUGGCCUGGUUAUUCUGUUCCUGUCUGCUGUGUGUGGAGGGAAACUCGUUGGGAUGAUCCAGUUUCCUAAUCUGCCACCUUUCCCUCCGUUACUAGGUAUGCUGUUAGCUGGGCUGGUCUUGCGUAACGUCCCUUACGUGACAGAUGCAGUGUAUAUCGAUCAGACAUGGUCAUCAUCUUUGAGGAGCAUUGCUUUGGCCAUCAUACUGACUCGUGCCGGCCUAGGACUAAACCCAUCUGCUCUGAGGAGACUAAAAGCUGUGUGUGUAAGAGUGGCUAUAGGACCCUGUACCACAGAGGCUUGCACUGUAGCCGUGGUGUCGCAUUUCCUCAUGAACUUACCCUGGAUAUGGGGCUUCAUUCUAGGGUUUGUGCUGGCUGCCGUGUCUCCUGCAGUGGUGGUUCCCUCCAUGCUGCUGUUGCAGAAGGAUGGCUAUGGUGUUGAGAAGGGAAUUCCCACACUGCUGAUGGCUGCUGGCAGCUUUGAUGAUGUCCUGGCAAUCACCGGAUUCACCACCUGCUUGGGCGUGGCUUUUGGCACAGGCUCCACGUGGGUAAAUGUGGGUAAAGGGGUCCUUGAAGUGGUGGUGGGUAUUGUGGCUGGAGCAGUACUGGGAAUUCUCACUUACCUCUUCCCGAGCAGAGACCAGUCAGACCUUGUGUUUCGGCGUGUCUAUUUGCUUCUGGGUCUGGCGGUGUUUGCUGUUUUUGGGAGUCACGUAGCCGGGCUGGGUGGGGCUGGCGGACUCUGCACCCUCGUCCUUGCCUUCCUGUCCGGACUCAGCUGGGGAGAGGCCAAGGCUCCUGUGGCGGCACUAGUGGGAAGAGCGUGGGAUGUGUUUCAGCCAAUCCUGUUUGGACUUAUAGGAGCUGAGAUCACUGUGUCUACACUCAGCCCCAACACAGUGGGUUUGGGUACAGCUGCUCUAUUUGUUGGUUUGGUGAUCCGUGUUUUGGUUACUUUUAUCGUGGUGCUCUUUGCUGGAUUUAACCUCAAAGAAAAAAUCUUCAUAUCAUUAGCGUGGGUACCCAAAGCUACUGUGCAGGCAGCCAUAGGCUCCACUGCGCUGGACAUGGCUCGAAGCGUAGGGGACCCGCAGCUGGAGAAGUAUGGGAUGGAUGUGUUGACUGUGGCUGUGCUGGCUAUACUGAUUACUGCUCCUAUAGGGGCCCUGGCCAUUGGCCUUGCCGGACCCAGACUACUGCAGAAACACACCGAGAGAGAGGAGGGUUCCCAAAAAGAGGAUAAGCCGGAGGGUGUGUCUAUUCCAGAUGAGAAGGAGAAAACAAGUCUUGAGAGUAAAUUAUGAAGUGAACGAGACAGAGACCUGC